UUCGCACGGGCUGGGCCGACUCUGGCGUCUGGCGCCCAUCUCUCGUUCCGCUUCCCCUCCCGCCUCUCAAGCUCAAAACCAAGAAUCGAAACUGUGCUGUGAUCCAUGCAGCAGGAGCCUGAGCCCGCCCGAUCUCCGGGUCCCCAGCAAGACCCCGCACUGCCCCACACGCCCACCAUGCCUCCCCCGGAGUCCGUCUCCGAAGGCCAUCAGCCCAGCCCCAGCCACAGCCCUGCGGAGCAAGCCAUGGAGGAGGAGUUCCAGUUCCUGCGCUGCCAGGGCUGCCAGGUAGAAGCCAAGUGCCCCAAGCUGCUGCCUUGUCUGCACACGCUAUGCUCAGGAUGCCUGGAGGUGCCGGGCAUGCGGUGCCCGAUCUGCCAGGCACCCGGGCCCCUAGGCGCUGACUCGCUGGCCGUGGAUAACAUCUUCUUCGAGAGUCUACAGCGGCGCCUGUCAGUGUACAGGCAGAUCGUGGACGCGCAGGCCAUUUGCGCCCGCUGCAAAGAACCUGCGGACUUCUGGUGUUUCGAGUGCGAGCGGCUCCUCUGUGCCAAGUGCUUCGAGGCGCACCAGUGGUUCCUCAAGCACGAGGCCCGGCCCCUGGCGGAGCUCCGCAGCCAGUCGGUGCGGGAAUUCCUAGACGGCACGCGCAAGUCCAACAACAUCUUCUGCUCCAACCCCAACCACCACACCCCUAUGCUGACGAGCAUCUACUGCCGAGGCUGCUCCAAACCACUGUGCUGCUCGUGCGCGCUCCUGGAUAGCGGCCACAGCGAGCUCAAGUGCGACAUCAGCACCGAGAUCCAGCAGCGGCAGGAAGAGCUGGACGCCAUGGCGCAGGCGCUGCAGGAGCAGGACCGCGCCUUCGGGGCGGCGCAGGCGUGCAUGCGCUCAGCCGUCAGCCAGCUGGGCAGCAUGCGCGCAGACGCCGAGGAGCUGAUCCACACGCGCGUGCGCCAGCUGGUGGCGCACGUGCUGGCCCAGGAGCAAGUGCUGCUAGAGGGGGUGAACGCGCAGUACCAGCGCACCUAUGAAGAGAUCGCCGGCCAGCUGGGCCACCUGGAAGCUGUGCUGCAGCGCAUCCGCCUGGGAGGUUCGCUGGUACAGAGGAUGAAGCGCUACGCCUCUGACCAGGAGGUGCUGGACCUGCACGGCUUUCUGCGUGAGGCGCUCAGCCGCCUGCGCCAGGAGGAGCCCCAGAACUUAAACACCACCGUGCGCACCGACAGCUUCGACGAAUUCAAAGUGCGCCUGCAGGAACUGGUCUCCUGCAUCACUCAGGGGGCAGAUGCAGCUGUACCCAGGCGAGCCAGCCCAGAGGCUACCAGCACUCCUAAGGAUUGUUUUGACAUUGACCCGCCAGAGGAGACGCAGAGGGCUCAGGCACAGGCCCCGGGGCUGGCUGAGACCCAUACUGUGACUUUGGUCCAGCCAGUGCCCGGGGUACACCCAGUGCCAGUUCAUGCCUACUCCAUCAAAGACUCCUCCUGCAGAGAGGAGGUCUGCAACACAGUCCUGCCCCAGAAGAGGAAGUCCUGCCAGACUGAGUGCCCCAGGAAGGCCAUCAAGAUGGAGUCUGAGGAGGAGAGGGAGACACGGUUGGCCCGGAGCUCCCCCGAACAACCCAGGCCCAGCACCUCCAAGGCAGUCUCGCCACCCCACCUGGAUGGGCCCUCCAGCCCUGAAAGCCCCAUCUUGGGAGGCGAGGUCUUUCUGCCCAACAGCAACCACACAGCCGGCAACCCUGGGGAGGCAGAGGAACGCGUCGUGGUGAUCAGCAGCUCAGAAGACUCAGAUGCUGAAAACUCGGUGGCUUCGUGUCCCCCCUGCGCAGAAACGGGGUUCUCUGGUGGGGUUACCACGUCCCCUCUUCUCCCACACCCUGUGGGAGGUGGGUCACGGCCUUCUGUGCCUCCUGGACUGUGUCGGUCCCACCAUCUGUCCUCCCGAGAGCUGGAUGACAGCAGCAGCGAGUCCAGUGACCUCCAGCUGGAGGGCCCCAGCUCCCUCAGGGUCCUGGAUGAGAGCCUCGCCGACCCCCAAGCAGAAGACAGGCCCCUGGUUUUCUUUGACCUCAAGAUUGACAGUGAAACCCAGAAGAUUAGCCAGCUGGCGGCCGUGAACCGGGAGAGUGAGUUCCGCGUGCUCAUCCAGCCCGAGGCCUUCUUCAGCAUGUACUCCAAGGCCGUCUCCCUGGAGGUGGGGCUGCAACACUUCCUUGGUUUUCUGGGCUCCAUGCGCCGCCCCAUCCUGGCCUGCUAUAAGCUGUGGGGACCUGGCCUCCCCAACUUCUUCCGGGCCCUGGAAGACAUGAACAGGCUGUGGGAGUUUCAGGAGGCCAUCUCUGGCUUCCUGGCCAUGCUGCCCCUCAUCCGGGAGCGGGUGCCCGGGGCCAGCAGCUUCAAGCUCAAGAGCCUGGCCAAGACCUACCUGGCAAGAAACAUGAGCGAACGCAGCGCCCUGGCCGCCGUGCUGGCCAUGCGAGACCUGUGCCGGCUCCUCGAGGUCUCCCCAGGCCCCCCACUAGCUCAGCACGUCUACUCCUUCAGCAGCCUGCAGUGCUUCGCGUCCCUGCAGCCACUGGUGCGGGCGGCCGUCCUGCCCCGCGCCCAGGCCCGCCUGCUGGCCCUCCACAACGUGAGCUUCGCUGAGCUGCUGGCCGCACACCGCCGCGACCCGCAGCAGGGGCUGCGGAAGUACAGCCGCUACCUGAGCCUGCCCCCCACCUCGUCACCCCCUGCCCAGCGCGUUGGCCACUUGCAGGCUCUGAGCACCUACUUCAGAGGCCUGUCGGAGGAGCCCGUCUCUGCCCGGGCAGAAGGCAUCGCCAACCCUGUUGCUGGCCAUAGCUUGGCAGAGAGGGUGUGCCAGCAGAGCUGAGAGGAAGCCCAGACUGGCUUGGAAUCUCUGGGGAUAGGGAGGGGGUCCCUGAGCCAGCACCCCCCCAACCCACUGCCCAUCACUGCAUUCCCAGGUCCUGGCCCCCAGCACCCCGUUGUCAUUUGGUCCAGAAUCUGUUCUCUGGGACCAAAUUCCCGUUCUCUAAAAACCCCACAGAGAAGGUUCCGAGUCCAAGCAAGUCCAAGUCCUAACUCCCCAGGGGCCACCAGAUCCCCUUUUCAGGCCUUGGGAGCACCCAUGGGUCGGUUCCCUCGAUCCCUGGGCCCCUCUCCUCCAGGAGCCAAAACCACGGGGUAAAGAAGGCCCAGCCUCUGGGCUGAGUGGUCCCCAGCCACCCAACCUGCCACUUCUGUGAGUGUCACUGCAGCCCCUCCCUGACCUCCAGCCACUGCCCCCUAUAGGGGACCUGCUGACAGCCCCCAGAGACCCUGCCCGCAACACCCCACGGGUACACAAAGUGCCUUUCAAACCAAGCCACUGUCAUGAGUUUGGGUUCUCCCACCAUCUGCCUGUCUGAAGGCCAGCUCUCUUUCACUGCUCUGGGGACAAAAAUGCAUUUUCAUCCCCAAAGAGCCUCAUAUCUGCAGAGACAGAAGCUACUGCUUCAUGUCUGUCCCUCCUUCCAAAGUCAGACCCUUCCAAGCUUGCUUCUUUCCUCUGGCUGUAUGGACACCUCCCCUUAGGCUUCGCUCUUCAGCCCUCAGGCCACCAGCCUCUCAGCAUGGCUUUUGCUCUCUCUGCGCUGCUCACCUCAGCCCCACUGAGGAAUGUCCUCUAAUCCAGCGCUGCGUACCACAUACACCAGGGGCCUGCAGCGUUGGCAUCCGCCGGGAGCCUCUACCCCAGACCUCUGGAAUCAGCAUCUCUGAGGUGGGCCCAGCAAACUGGUUUAGCACGUCCUUCAGAUGAAUCUGAUACCCGCUAAGACUCAGAACCAGUACUCUGAUAGACUGCUCCCCAAAAGCGCAGCAGGGUGGAGUAGCAGAGUAAGUCCUGGGCCCUACUGGGCACAUGGAGGGUGACCUAGGAAAAGACCCCUUCCUGAACUCCGGCAUCCCCACCCGCUAAAUGGGCUCCCAUCCAGCUCUGCCAUUCUGGGAUUUUAGACAUGGACCGAAGCCACCGAGGCAGUGGGCAGGGCGGUUUGCAACUUAAACCCUAGCUCUCAGCCCCAAGCUGAGGCCCCCAGCCUUGUGGUCACACCAGAGGUCAGCGGCAGAACAGAGGCAGGUCAGGGCCUUCCCUCUGACCAGCAGAACCACUGUCCCCGCCCUGCUCCUCUUCCUUCCUUCUUCCUUGGCUCCUGCCACAGGGACACAGCCCAGGCCUCCAGCCUCCAUUGCCCGAGCUUUCACAGGGUUGAGGUCUGCGUGCCCACACCUCAGCCCCCAUCCAGCAGGUGCCCUGCAGAUGCACUGAGGGAUUGCAUGGGAACUGGCUACCACAGUGGGAGUGCUGGUCGACCAGUGCACUCUGAUGCAUUUAAAAUGGGAUUCAAGUUCAAAGCAAGUGUUGACUUAGAAGCUCCUGUGGGAACAGGCUGAUGGGGCCGCAGCCUAGCUGUGAUAACCAUCUCGGCAACUGCAAGGCAGUACCUGGGCCACCGUUCAUAGCGUCGUCCCUCAGCCUCACCCUGACCCGGGCGGCGCCCACUGGCUUCCAGCCCCACCGUGCUUGCUACCUGCAGAGUGCUUGACCACAGGUUUUACAACAAAGGGCUGUUCUGCCCUCUCUCCAUUUAUGCAGCCUCUAAUAAAGAUGUGAAUGUUCAAAGUCUGAUGCACCGAUCCAGCACUGCUCAGCCAGCCCCAGCAGCCACUGAGCAGCCUCUUACCUCGGGAAGAGGCUACGUUCCCAGACAUGGAAGAGCUGCCCUUCAUCACAUCCUCUGGGGACUCAGCAAAGCUGAGAGCCCCUUGUUGUUCAGUGCUGAGGGCCUCACAGAUGUGAGCUCCCCCAUUCCAAAGGGGGAGACCUAGGGUGGGCCUGUCAGGGAUCAUCUCCCCAAAGGAGAGGCACAUGGAGGGAAAGAAGCACCAGUUUCACGAAUUACCCCCUAGAGGGCGUCUGGAGCCAGAGACGGGUGUCCGAACCUCAUCUCUUUUCUCUGCUGGGUAAUCUUGCACCCCUGUGUGUGUCCCAGAGUCACAGGUGGCAAAACCCCCAACAAUGGGGAGGAGAGCCCAGGACAUUAGAAAUGUGUAAUUAACGUGCCGCUGUCCGGGGUUUCACCGGUGGAAUCCACGUUAGUACGUGCAGGGAUUCCCACAGCACAGGCAGUGUGGGGGGACUGGCCUUCCCCAAGCCUGGGUGAGCAGCCCGGUGAUGUCAUUGGAUCCGUGCCACCACCCUUAACCCCACCUACCUGCCCCAGAUGCCCAAAUUCCAGUCCUGGAGUUUUAGUCUCUAAGAGCAACUCCAAAUAGGUCCCCUGUGCCUCAUGUUUGAAUCCUAUCUCAGAGUCACCCAUGUCAGCUAACCAUGAACUUGCUGGGCUUGAAG